UCUCCAAACAACCCACAAUACCAACAGCCACUCCUCCCCAUUCCUGCCUUCAUAUUCCAACUUAGUGGCUAAAUCAUUUUCUACUAGAUAUCUUUUUAUGUAUACACAUACAAACAUUUGAAUCUUUAGAUAAACAGCCAUCAAUUCUCAUGCAAUGAUCUUUUAGCACUAUAUUCCACUUUUUUCACAAAACAACAAUUGAUCAACUCCUUUUAAUCAAAACCCUGUUUGAAUCUUGCAAAACUCCAAGAUCCUCAACCCAAAAAAAGUGAAAAAAAUGCGCAUGGACCGUUCUAACUCAUCAGAUUUCCGGUCUUCUUCGGGCAGUAUGAAAUCUUCAGGCCCUUUAGUCCUAUCGAUACAGUGCAUAAAGGGGAGUUCAAGAGCUGAUGAAUGGACGGGAAACCUGUUGCAGACCGGGGACAUCGUUGAAGAGCUAAGGAUCGGAAACUUGACAAUUCGAGCACCAUUCAAGAAUGGAAAAUCUGGAGUGCAGAAAAUUCUGCACAAUUCAUUCAAGUCUAAAGAGACAUCUAUCAAGGUUACCGUCCGAAGAGCCGCCGAUGAGUGUGCUGAGCUGCUGGCUUGUAUUGUCCCUAAUGAAUCUGCCGGCAAAAGACAGUAUAUGUUGAGAGCCAUUGAUGAUCCAAAUUAUGCUGUAGGGUUCUCAGAUCGGACGGUGAGUGAAUGCUUACAGCUACAAGCUUCGAGGAUUGACUUGAUGGUGAAUGAACUGGCCAAUACACCACUUCAAGAUGGGUAUGUUUCAUAUCCAUGGGAGAGGAGAAUGCAUGAGAUGCUGUCUGUUCCGAACUCGAGCAGCUUUUACUCGAUGCUUCUCUUGCCAAAAGCCUCGGACACUGUGUCUUUCCGCUGCAAUGAUCUGGAGGAUACUCUUGCCAGAGCAAAUGCAUGGCUCAAUUCAUCUCAGGCAUCAGGCGUACCAAUUGUUUUCAUGAAUGUCCAGACAGAGUCCUUGCUCACCAAGAUAUCUGGAGAAACAGCAUCUUCCACUGUCAGUGCUGGAUCACUGUCAGAUUUAUCAAAUCUUGCUAGUACAAGCCUAUAUGGUUUUGAAGACUACCAUGGGGUGGAUAUAGGUGUAGUCCGUGCAGUGCGGUUAUGGUUUUCACCACUUGGAGGAGAGGUUCCAAUUGAGGUCAAAAUAAAAGAAAAUGACACAAAGCUAGGCUUUGCCAUCAGCAGAACAGAGGAGGGAUUCAUCUACAUUUCAUCGGUUAUUGAAGGAGAUGAUGAAGCACCUUCAUCACGAUCAGGUCUAAGCAGUCUCUACAAGGAAGCUACCAGAGAAUGUAAACUCUUGGUGGUGUCAAGAAUAUCUAAUAUGAAGGUCCUUCCAUGGAUGGUUUCUCCAUCAGGAGCCAUCCGCUGUUUUGACACGGUUUCUCUUAGCCAAAAGCUCUCAUUGCAUCGCCAUGCCAGGGUGCCUAUCAUCCUUCAUGUCUUCAUAUGGAAUAGGUCCGUAGGUAUCCCAAGUGCCAGUAGCAUCAGGUCUAGAGCCAUCUCUCCAACUGUGCUCCCAGUGCCACCUGAAAUUCUUCUCGGGCAACAUCCAAAUGAAAACCAGGUCCUUCCUUUGCAGCCUGAAACUUCAGUUGAAAGCAGGAUAGUCAGUAGUGAUGGUUCAGAAAGUAGGCUUGAAAGAGAUACUGCAGGAGAAUCCUCUUUCAGGUUUCAUGAUUUUACACUCUCAAAUAAUUGGGUAUGAUAAUUUUCUUAGCAGUCUUUUUCUGUAACCCUAUUCUGUCGAUUCUGUUUAAUGUACAUAGGACAGGCACCUUUCUGUGUGCAAUUGUGCGAGCCCCAAAAUAAAUUUGCGUUGUAUGUAACACCUGUUAACCUAGAUAUGACUUGAAAGAGCAAUUGACCCUCAUCAAUAGCUAAUAGUUGCAUAAAUAGUUAUCGUGAAAGUUGCCUUUGCCUUCAGAUAUGGUGCGUGUUAGGAAUGGUUGGGACUUAUCAUGAAAUACUUUGUGUACCAGAGCUUUUAGAGAAGAAAUGCUUAGCAAAUAAUUUAUUUUUU